GAGGAAUAUAAGGAAAACCUAAGAAGAAUUAUACAACAUUUGAAGAAAUGCUCCCCGUCAAUCCUAGCAGUGCUUAUAACUCCACCACCAGUUGAUGAAGCAGGACGGUUUGAACAAGCAAGGUCUAUGUAUGGAGACAAAGCAAUGGAAUUGCCAGAAAGGACAAAUGAAGUGACAGGAGAGUACGCAAAACAGUGCGUUGAAUUGGCAAGGGAGCUAGGUCUCCCUUCCAUCAAUCUAUGGUCUAAAAUGCAGGAAACAGAGGGUUGGCAAAAAAAAUUCCUCAGUGAUGGCUUACAUCUCACGGCAGAAGGCAAUGCCAUUGUUCACCAAGAAGUUGUUAAAGCGCUCAAUGAAGCAGGUAUUUCUGCCCAAAAGAUGCCUUAUGAUGUCCCUCACCAUUCAGAAAUCGACGGACAAAACCCCGAAAAGGCCUUCCAGCUACAAUGCCCUGCUGUAUAACCCUAUAUUGUGUCCUUUAUGUAUUAUCAGUGAGAAACUAGUGUUCAAUAAUUGACAAAAUUAUCAAUUUCUGGGUGUGAUAAGCAAUUUCCAGCAAAAGGAUUUGGCCUUUGUAGGGUAAUGUCUUUCCUGACUCCACCAUCUAGUUCAAGAGUGGCAGUUGAUUUCAAGUUCCCUAGGUUCCAAGAUAUUACAUGAGACCUUUUCAUUAACACUUCAAAUAUUCUAAAAAUGACAGUUGAAUUCGCAUC